UCGGCUUUAGAUCCCACGCGCAUAACAUGUCUGUCAAUGACGAAGCUGAAAUGGAGACGAGAAUCAUUGACUUCAUAAAGAAUAAUGGCGAAUGCACCGCUUUAAUUAUUAGUAAAGCUCUCGGGGUGGAUAAAAAAAUAAUAAAUAAACAUUUGUACAAAUUACAGAAAUCGAAUCUGUUAAAAAAUACGGAAGGAAUACCUCCUGUCUGGGAUCUGAAGCAGGAGACAGAUGAUUUCAAAUCCGAACUGAUAUCUGAUUCAAGAUCUAUUGAUACUGUAUCUAUAGAGAAAGAGGUGAGUGAUAUCUUAAGAUCAGGAGGAAAAACAGGGUUAAAAGCUCAUCAGAUAGCCAAAGAUGUGGGACAACCGAAGAAAACUGUGAAGAAACUUCUGUACAGUAUGGAGAAGAAGGGUGAGGUACAGAAAUCUGACAGUAAACAAUGGAUGACCAAGAAUGAAACUAGUCUAAAGCAACACAGUAAAUCGUGUGAUGACGUCAAGGUCUCAGAUUUAGGGUUAUCUUCGUGUUUUCAUGAGAUUACACAGCUUGGUUCUGGAGGCUUUGGUUGUGUUUUUAAAGCACGACAUAAAUUUGAUGGCAAGAUGUUUGCUGUGAAGAUAGUUGAGUUAACAAAAAACGCUGAUUCUGAGGUCAAGGCUUUGGCUCAAUUAAAUCAUCCAAAUAUCGUACGUUAUAUCACAUGUUGGCCAAGUUCUGAGACCUGGGAAUCAUAUCAAGACAUCCAAUCAUCUUCUUCGUUAGACAUAGUCUUUGAUGGAUCGGAUCAUGAUGACAUAAGUGAUAUUUCAUCAGGAUUGGAGAGUCUGGAUACUACAUCAGAAUCAGAAUGUGCUGCUGAACCUUUAGAAAAUCACAGCACAGACAGUGUGGACCCUUUAAAUCAAUUGUAUUUGUUCAUUCAGAUGGACUUCUGUGAGGGUGGGACAUUAACUACAUGGAUAGAAGAGAGAAAUCUUAUGAAAAAAAAGAGAACCACUGAAGAAAUGUAUCAAAUAUUUUAUGAAAUUGUCAGUGGAGUGGAAUACAUUCAUUCAAACAAACUCAUCCAUCGAGACCUAAAGCCGGAUAACAUAUUUUUUACAGCUGAAGGCAAAGUAAAAAUUGGAGAUUUUGGACUGGUGGCGCCUCUGAUGAAUCCUAAUGGUGGCUCUGCUUAUAGAUCAAUAGGAAGAGGAACACCUUCAUAUAUGAGUCCUGAACAGGAAAACGAGAGACAUUAUGAUGCAAAAACAGACAUAUUUCCCCUUGGACUCAUAUGGUUUGAGAUGUUAUGGAAAUUGUCUAGUGGCAUGGAGAGAGGAAAGCUCUGGCCAGAUUUGAGAAAGCAAACAUUUCCAGAAGGAUUCUGUGACAAACAUCCAAAUGAUUAUGAAUUCAUCAGAAAGAUGCUCUCACACACACCACGGGACAGGCCACAGGCCAAAGAAAUAAAGGAAAAUCUUGACAGAUUUUUCUGUAGUGAUCAGAAUCUUGACGUCGUUGUGAAACCUACGUUUGAUGGGCGGGACUUGUGUUCGACGGGCGGAGUUUGGCAUUUGAUUCGUGAAAAUCGUCAUUACGCGCUUAUAGCUUCUGACAAAGCUGAAAUGGAGACGAGAAUCAUUGACUUCAUAAAGAAUAAUGGCAAAUCCACGGCUUUAACUAUUAGUGAAGCUCUCGUGGUGGAUGAAAAAAUCAUAAAUAAACUUUUGUACAAAUUACAGAAAUCGAAUCUCUUAAAAAUGACGCAAGGACCUCCGGUCUGGGAUCUAAAGGAGAACACAGAUGAUCCCAAAUCUGAACUGACAUAUGAUUCAGGAUCUAUUGAUGCUAUAGAGAGCGAGAUCUUAAAAUCAAUAGGAGAAACAGGAUUAAAAGCUUAUCAGAUAACCAAAGAUGUGGGACAACCGAAGGAAACUGUGAAGCAACAUCUGUACAGUAUGGAGAAGAAGGGUAAGGUAUGGAAAUCUGACAGUUACCUGUCGAUGCCCAAGAGUGAAACAAGUCUAAAGCAAUACAGUAAAUCGUGUGAGGACGUCAGCGUCUCAGAUUUAGGCUUCAGAUUAUAUCAGUGUUUUCAUGAGAUUACACACCUUGGUUCUGGAGGCUUUGGUUGUGUUUUUAAAGCACGGCAUAAACACGAUGACAAGAUGUAUGCUGUAAAGAGAGUCAAGUUAACAAAAGACGCUGAUUCUGAGGUCAAGGCUUUGGUUAAAUUUAAUCAUCCAAAUAUCGUACGUUAUAUCACAAGUUGGCAAAGUUCUGAGACCUGGAAAUCAUAUCAAGACAAGUCCAGCCAAUCAUCCUCUUCAGUAGACAAUAACAUAGUCUUUGAAGGAUCGAAUCAUGACAUAAGUAAUGGUUCAUCAGGAGUGGAGAGUGGAGAGGAUACUACAUCAGAAUCAGAAUGUUCUGCUGAACCUUUAGAAAAUCACAGCACAGACAGUGAGGACCCAAAUCAAUUGUAUUUGUUCAUUCAGAUGGACUUCUGUGAGGGUGGGACAUUAACUACAUGGAUAGAAGAGAGAAAUUUUACAGAAAAACAGAGAACCACAGAUGAAAUUUAUAAAAUAUUUUAUGAAAUUGUCAGUGGAGUGGAAUACAUUCAUUCAAAGAAAUUUAUCCAUCGAGACCUGAAGCCGGAUAACAUAUUUUUUACAGCUGACGGCAAAGUGAAAAUUGGAGAUUUUGGACUGGUGGCAUCUCUGGUGAAUCCUAAUGGUGGCUCUGCUUCUAGAUCAAUAGGAAAAGGAACGCCUUUAUAUAUGAGUCCUGAACAGGAAAAAGAGAGACGUUGUAAUGCAAAAACAGACAUAUUUCCCCUUGGACUCAUAUGGUUUGAGAUGUUAUGGAAAAUGUCUAGUCGCAUGGAGAGAGGAAAGAUCUGGUCAGAUUUGAGAAAGCAAACAUUUCCAGAAGGAUUCUGUCAUGAACAUAAAAAUGAAUAUAAAUUCAUCAGAAAGAUGCUUUCACACACACCACAGGACAGACCAAAGGCCAAAAGAAUAAAGGAAAAUCUUGACACAUUUUUCUAUAGGCCUACAGAUCAGAAUGUGUUAAGCCAGAAAACUAUUUAAGAUAAUCGGCAGUCUGGUUAAAUAGCUAAUCUUUUUAACAUCAAACCAAUGAGUGUCAUUCACUAAUAAUUGUGUACGUUUUUCGUAUUUAUGCGCACACUUAAACUUCAGUAGUAAAUA